GGCGCUGGAACCACAAAAUAUGUGGACUGAGACACACGAAGAAAUUCACCAUAGAGUUCACACAUGCAUCUUCCGUAGUCUCGGCAUAUUUGCGUGUUUUAAAGAGAUUAGCUCAAAUGAAAGUUGAAGAGGAGGUAGGAAUGGGCCAUAAAACUAGAAAAGACGUUAUACACACCUUUCAAGUGAACUUCUUCGCUAUGUGUCUUUUAAAUACAUUUCCAUGGGAUUUUUUAGACAAAGAACUUACAACUUCAAAAACCUCAGACAUCAUAAUGGACAUUCUUCAGAAGACAUGUUUGCAUCCCAUUUGUCUCAAGAACCCCCCCUCUUUAAAGUACAGAAGACGCUUCCUAACAGAAUUGAUAAAAAAGCAUGAGACGAUAGCUGCAGAACCUCUGGAUGUACUGUAUGAAGCACUAGGAGAGCUCAUGUUUGGUCAGGAGGAGGACUUGUGCUACAAAACCUACUUACUGCCAACAGGAGAUGCGGUUAGUCUAGCAGAGAACGUGGCCCUCAUCUCUCAGGGCACCACCGGUCUGGUUACCUGGGAGGCUGCCUUGUACCUGGCUGAAUGGGCUCUGGAAAAUACACACAUCUUCAAAAGCAAGACAGUGCUAGAGCUGGGCAGUGGAAUUGGAUUUACAGGCACUGUAAUAUGUCGGUCAUCCAGCCCAACCAAAUACAUCUUCAGCGACUGCCAUCACACUGUGCUUCAGAGGCUGAAGGACAAUAUCACAAACUGCUUAACUAACUCUGACAGCAACAGUGCGUCAGUGAGCGUUGAGGAACUGGACUGGGAAAAUGUGUCUGUCGAGCAGCUGCAAAGAAUACAGGCCAACACCAUCAUUGCUGCAGAUGUGGUGUACGAUCCUGAUGUAAUUGCUUGCUUGGUGAAGCUGCUGAGCAGGCUUCUGAACUGCAAAGUUCAAGAAAACCAUCCUGAUGUUUACAUUGUAUCUGCUGUACGUAACCCACAGACGUAUGACUGUUUCAAGAAAGAAUUAGAAAGAGCUGGACUGAGACAUGUCAUCAUGAAAGAUUCUGUUACUCAAGUAUUUCCAUACAACCGAACCUCUACUAUAGAAAUGAUCAAAAUAUAUGUAUGACAAAAACAAUUUCUUUGUAAUAAAGUGUUUAUUUACAUAUUA